CAUUUCGUUUUGAAAAGAUGUCGCUUAAACAGGGCAUCGGCAGUGUGGUGUACUUGAAAAAGAGGAUACCGAAAAAUGAGAAAUAUCAACAUGUCAAAACAAGGCUGGAUACAGGUUGCAGUCUCUCAAAGUAUAUGGAAAGGCUGGAAGACAUAAAAAAAAAUUACAGGUAUCAAAAUAAUGAAAUCUUUAAGCGGUUAAAGGUGACAACGUUUGCACAAUUGAUACUCCAGGUAGCCUCUGUAUCCGACCUGAAUGAAAGUGAGAUCGACGGUGAAUCCCACUGCCCAGAAGGUAAGUAGUAAAGUCACU